AAGAAAAUCAAAAGAUGAGGCGAAAAUCAAAAAUAACCCUGCUCUGUCCUCGCCACCAUCUUCCGCAGUUGAAACUGAAGGAUUAACGUCUUUAUCGGACCUCGAGCUUGUCAAGCUUAUGGAUGAGCGCAUGCAGACAUUGAAGCAAAAGAACGAGGAAAGGCUCAUCGAAGCUAACCAGGUCCUGGCCUACUUGGAGCGACGCUCAGAGAAUAUUCAUCAACAACCCACGGUUGGAGCUGAACCCAAUCGACUUGCAAACUCGGCAGAUGAAAAUGCCCAGGUACCAAUAGUCUACGCAUUUCGGACUCCUGAUGAAGAGUCAAAGGUCUAUGACGAUGAGUCAGACGACACCGAUGUAGACUCAAUCGUUGGAAAUUCGUCAGGCUCGAGUGUUUCCUCCUUGGUAUCAAGGGCACAUCGGGCCAGACUCUCGAGAAAUAAGAUUGAAGGUCGACAUGGUCGACGGACAGGAACAGGGUUAGUAGAAAGAGUAGUUGAUGAGUCGGUAAACAGGGUCUACUCUGGAUCUGAGUCCGUAAUCGGCGGAGGUGGACUAUCACACAACCUACCAGAAAGAACUGAACAUGGUAACGACGGUGGGCCGAACGACGAGCCCGUCAACCAUACACCAGAAGCCCGAACAGAACACGAUAUGGUCGGAGAGGUUAUCGCUUUGCGUCGAGACCUGUCUAUUCUCAAGAGACAGAUAGUCCGUAAGAACAAGAGCUGGCUUGGACAGACCCUAUGUUCAACCUAUGCACGGUGGAAAACACAACUCAGGGAGGUGCCGCGUCCAGGUACGCAGCGUUUGGAGUGGACUUGUGAAUGCGGGGACGAGAUGUUCGCGGACUUGCCCGUCGAGAACGGUGCCCAAUACCAGCAGAUGCUUGAAUUUCUCACGAGGCCUGCACCAAAGACUCAACCCACCAGUCAGAACCGGACCACACCCUCACAGCUUGAAGGAGGUACAGCUCAGCUGAACUACACUUCGUUGCAGUUGAGUCAGAGCAGUAUUGGCCAGAGCAAUGCACCCGCGUCCACGGUUGGUUCUGGCAAUACCUAUGUUGGGUCAGGCAACUCGCAAGCCCCUACCGCACAGCAAAAUGGACUUUACGUGCGAAACAAGUACCUCGAGCUCUGCGUGGACGUUGGAAAGUACGAGACAAAGCUGGCUGAGAUCCAAGUUGCCUCUAGCGAGUCCAACGGCGCCGCCAUCUGCACCGAUGCCCAUCUCUUUCGCCAAAUCUAUCACAGAUACUUCGCCCUUCGGAAGCAUACCUGGCGCCGCUUUCUAUACCGGCCUGCAGGUAUCAAGUUUGUCCACUUCGGAGUUCAAGCUGGUUAUCGAGUGAGCUUCUUCUCCAGCGAUCCGUUACCGUCUGAAGAAAUCAUUGCAUCGAAGCAGUAUGAAUACAAUCUGCAACCUCCUGUACCGCCACCUAUGGACUCUCGGACAUUCUUACAUUACUUUUACAAGCACAAUGCGCAUUCGCAAAGUACGAGUGCUAAAUAUGUCAGUCGACUACCAAAGAAACUUGGAGACAGCUUGACUCGUUCCCUCGGUGUUGAUGAGCUUCUAGAAGGAUGGGGCAUCCAUAUCAUUGAAGGGCCCAAUAAGGUUGCGAUAUGCUGGGCGCUCAUGGUUGUACUGGUAGCAAGCUUCGGAGUCUCGAUUGGAUAUGAUCUCAUCACUCAGUCAGGAGAUAGUGGAUUCGCUAUCGGACAGUGGAUGGUUGCUGCGCUGACGGUGGGGCUGUCGGCGCUAUACUUCAGUCUGGAGGAUGAUGUCAGUUCGAACUUCGACUGAGGGUCGAGCUUGAAGCCAACAUCAUAAUGACAUACCUAUUGCAUGCUCAAGCGUUUCAUGAAGCGACCAUAGAAGGGUUGUGCACAAAACCGAUGA